AUGAUGGAGAACAGUAGCAGCGAUGCCCAGCCGCAUUUGUCGGGUCUACCACCACUGCCAAAAAGUCUUAGUUCCGCUACGGCGGCUCCCGUGGCCAUUGGCCCACAUCCGCGCACAGCCUCGCCGGCGUCAAGUGUUUCAGCUCUUACCGCAGCAGCAGGAGAACUCUAUCUGGGCCCCUCCACUUCCUCGUCGGCGGCGGCAUCCAGGAAUCGCAGUUACAACGGACAUGGACAUAGCCAGAGGCACGGGAGUCUCUCCUCCACACAAGAAUCCCUCAGCGAUAGGGAAUCCGUGCACAGUCGCGCCUCCAGUACACAAAGCGCUGGAGCGGGUCACACGCCCACAAAUAGCUCGAGCAGUACUGGAGCCACUUCGUCCACUAUCGACAACCAGCUGGCAAUCCUACGUAGGGAGAUGUAUGGCUUAAGGCAGUUGGAUCUGUCGCUGCUGUCGCAGCUGUGGGCUCUUAAUGAGUCAAUACAGGGAUUCCGGGUGUUUCUGCAGGAGCAGGAUGCCCUAUCGCCGCCCUCAAGGUCUCGCACGCCUUCGGAUGCAAAUUCCUUGAGCUCGGACGAAGAGGACGAUGGCUCCUAUGCGCCCGUGACUUUGCCCAAGAUGACGGAUGCUGCUGGAGGUGGUAGUGCUGGUGUUGUGAGUUCCAGGGCCAUGGCUUCGCCGGCAGCCAGCGGAGGUCUGCCCACCAAACUGGCUACUGGGUCUACCACCUCCCACGCCUCGACUAGUUCUACUUCAGGAGCUUCAGGCUCCUCAUCGGCUGCAUCCUCGAUGGGCAAGCACCAACAAAUGCAGCAGCAACAACAGCAGCAGUCAGCUAACCACUACCAUCAAAGGCCAGCGCCACCACCCGCACCACCAGCCCAGCACAAGGCUCAUCCGCAGUUGCCCAGGAUCCUGCAGCAGCGCAUGCGACAGGCACCGCCUCCGCCGCCACCCACGAGGCAGAAAGGAGGCAGCACUAGCAGCAGUAACCACAGUAUCAGCAGCGUCACUCAGCAGCAUUCACAUUCAAACCAACAUCCCCAACAUGCCCACCAUUCGCGGCCGGUAUGACAAAACCCGUUCUUGGACUAAGCCAAGUUCAAGAACAUACGUAAAUUGAAAUAGCAGCCGCUGCCAACGUUUCGGAAAGGGUCAAUUAGACGACAUUUCUCCAAGAGUCAAUUCAAAUUCAGUGCAGAAAGAUCACCCCCACAUUUACUCUAUCAUCAUCUCUCACCUCAUAAAGCUUGCCAUGGUCCUCGUUCUUGAUAUUGAAACAAAAAACAUAUGAACGGUUUAUAAAUGUUUUCCGCGAAACGAUGAAAAUGUGUUUGAAUGUAAGCGUAAAAGUUUUCACGUUUAAUAUUAAAUAAUAAACACAAGAAAUUUGUAUUCAAUAAUAAUCGCUAAGUAGUAAAGGAUAAGAUCCUUAUAUGCAUCUAUGUAUUACUCAAAUUGUAUAAACAUAAAUUUAAAAUGCUUGAAAUUCCGCAUCGAAUUCAUAGAUCUAGUUCUAUUAUUUGCGUUGACUCUGAAAUGUUUUGUUAGAAUGCAUACUAUCCAACAAAAAACUAAAUGAAAUUGUUCCAACUCAUGUAGCACUAACCAAAACUAAACUCUUGGCCUAUACAUAUGAAUAUCUGGAUUGAUUUUAUAGCCCUGUUAAGUCUUAGUUCCGAUAUGGCGAAAAUAUCGGAAAAUUAUAUUAUACGAACAUGUAUCUGCAUCUCAAAGCAAAACCUAGCUGAUCUUACUGUUAGUCCAAUAAUCCUAUCAUUAAAACUAUGAAAUCUAGGCAUAUAUAUGUAAAGCUCAAGUAUUGGAGCAAAUCCCCCGAGCAGUUGUACAUUGCGUUUCAGAACUAUAAGACAAUUGUAUACAAGUAUAAUAAAUAGUUCUGUAUAUCAGAAUUGAAGGAAAAUUCGAGGUAUAUACAUUAUACUUUUCGAAAGAUUUUCGAUUGAUUGUACAUUUUCCAUAUUGGUUCAAAAAUAUUUAUUCCCUAAUUAAUGGAUAACUAGAUUAGAUAUAGUCCAUUUGUCCUAUAGCUUUGAAACGCAUUGCAUAUAAUAUUUAUAUAUUAAAUACAUAUACAAUUUUUACAGCAUAACAGUUUAAAAAGCAAAAAUUGAUGAAACGCAUUAAAUACUAUCGAGUAUUUCCCAUAUCACAAACAUAAUACGGGAGUUUGCAAAAUGAAACAGGAUUUACAUAUAUUACCUAAUCAAAAAAUUAUACAAUUUCCAAUAUUUAUUGUUAGUUCUUAGAAUGUUUUAUUUCUCAAAACAAAUUCCUUAUAAUCUCUACUAAAAUUAAAACACCUUAUAAAGUUAAACGAUUGGAAUUAAAAUCCACACGAUCAUUA